CUAAUGCGAAAUGGCAAAUAUUCCUGAAUGUCCAACAAGCUUGAAAAGCAUUCAGCAUUAUCUGAAGACGGCUGCUGAACAUGAUGCCAGGGACCUGGUGGUCGCGUACUGGUGCAGACUUCAUGCUUUACAAGUCGGACUCAAAACCCUCAGCAGUAAGAAAACUCCAGAAGAAACUAAAAUGCUGAUGGCUCUGAUGGACUGGCUAGAAGUAGCAAAAAAAAAUUCCAAAGAUAAUGAUGCAAUCACCAAUGAAGUGGCAGCACAAGCUCAUCUUGAGAAUUAUGCACUUAAACUCUUUCUCUAUGCGGAUAAAAUGGACAGAGAAAUGAAUUAUGGAAAAAAUGUAGUAAAGGCAUUCUACACAGCUGGUAUGAUUUAUGAUGUUCUGACCACAUUUGGAGAGCUGACUGAUGAGGCUGUACAGAAUAGAAAAUACGCUAAAUGGAAAGCAGCUUACAUUCACAAUUGCCUUAAAAAUGGGGAAACUCCUGUACCGGGUCCCAUGCAAUCAGAAGAAGGUGAAUCUAGUGAGGUUGGUUUCAAUGUCGAUCCACCACCAACUGUGACAACACCACCCGAAGAACCGCAGACACCAGGGAAUCAACCAAGCCCGCCACCACCAACCACCACAUCAUCUAACAACAGCAACAGUCUGCCCGAUCCCAACGUGGCGAUGCGUGCCGCUGAGCGAUUACCUCCUAUACCAUAUACCCCUGACCCCAAUCCUGGUGGCUUUGUCCCUUACGACCCGACCCAGCAGCCACCCCAAACUACCCCAUUUUACGGCGACAGCUCAGGCUCCGUAGCUCAGCUUACCCCAGACCAGAUAACAAAAGCACAGAAAUAUUGCAAGUGGGCUAGUAGUGCACUCAACUAUGAAGAUGUUAAAACCGCAAUCAAUAAUCUCAGGAAUGCAUUGGAAUUGUUGCAAACAGGACGUGACCCAGCUUGAAUCUUUUAUAACUAUUUGGAUUAACGUAUGGUUUUGUUAAUCUUUUGUUAAAAUAAUAUCUAUAAAAUAAUGAAUAUUAAGAGUACUAACCACAAGCCUAGAUUCAUACACACUAAAUGGUAUGGCUAGAUUUCAAAAUUAUUGGUUUUUUUAACUAUAAUUACAUUGAAUUCGUCAAAUUAUAAUACAUACUUAAUGCAUUAUCUUACGAUAUCAGUAUUUAAAAUUGCACUUUCAAACGUUGUUCACGAAAUACCUAGUUAAUUAGUGUCUUGUAGUAGAGAAGAUAGCCCAAAAUCUAACCAAUUAUUACGUUAUAUUGUAAAGAUUUAGUCCAAAUGCAAGGAAUAACAUAAUAGUACAGUAAUUAACUGGAGUUAAUAGUACACGUAACACGUAACGUAUAUUAUCGCGAUAUGUAGUGCCUCGUUGGUGCUUCACAUUUUGUAUAUAGGGGUAAAAAUAAACUUAUCGGUAACUCGGGGAAGAAUUAAGUAUCGACCAUAGAAUAAAUAAAAUAUGUGACUAUAAGGUACAGCGUUUAUAAAUGGGUAUAAAGAUUACCGCCUAACCGCAGACACGGCAUACGGAAAUCAAUAUGGAUAAUUUAUUUCUAACAACGGUACUAUAGUUGUUUUUUGUAUGCAACCAUUGACUUACAAAGUCAAUGUAUGCAACAAACAUUAAUCAGUAGUUUAAUACAUAUAUUUCCUGCAUUCUAUGAUCGACACGUAAUUUUUUUACCAAAUUUCACUGGUGCACUUUUUUCUUCGACCUGUAUAAAUUGUA